UCUAGUUUCACAAUCAAGCGCGAGACAGAAACCCUUGCAGAAUGCUGUCAAAGAGCUUGAUCGUGAUGCUUUAAUUACAGGUGCUGUUGCUUGAAGGGGUGGAUGUCCAUACUGGAUGAACAUGGCAAGGGGAGGAAACACUGGUUUGUUCUGGGUGACACCUCACUGAGGUACUACAGAGACGCGGAUGCUGAGGAGUCAGAUGAUCUGGACGGAGAGAUCAACCUGACGUCCUGUGUGAAUGUGUCGGACUGCGAUGUGGAGAAGGACUAUGGACUCCAGAUACAAACAAAGAGAGCAGUGUUCACUCUCUCCAUUAUGACCUCCAGAAUACGGCGGAACUGGGUGAAGUUACUAAAGCAGGCGAUCCAGAACAACACGUACCAAUCAGACACCAGCUACGAGAAAGAGAACCCCCUCUCCCGGAGACCGUCGUCAUGCCAACCCCCUGCUCGGUUCACCUGCGAGGACUCCGCCUAUGAACCGACCACUUCCACCUCCAGUGCCACAGCCGCAAACCCCCAUCAAGCCGACCACCACCACCAUACUGGAGAUCGGGAUCUGGACUUGUCUCCGUCCAGUCAGAGAGAAGAGGGGGAGGGCUGGGACCACGAGCAAGCCAAGCGAUUGGAGGAGAGGAACAAGUGGUUUGAGAAAGAGGUCCCCUUCAGUGAGAUGGGCAGCAGGUGGGACUCCAUGGAUCUGAAAAGGGGGAGUGUACUUGUGCCCGUCUCUGAGCCCAUGGACUCAGACGUCAGCAGGAAGUGGGUAGAAUUUGAGGCGUUGACAUUUAGGGAAAUGAGCGCUCAGUCUCUCAUUGGAGCCCAGACAUAUCAAUCGAGCCCUGAAGAGGCCGAACGACCUGCCGCCGGAUCACAAACUGAUAUAUCCAGCCCAUCCAUAAAUGGAGCUCAAACUAUUCAAACAAAUAAAGAGGAAGCUCUUCAAAGGGAGGCCGUCUCUCUUCGAAAGCAGGUGGAGAACAUCAAGAGCGCAGCCAUGGGGGUCGAGGUAGACAGCCCGUGUGGGCCCGGGGCCCCCUGCAGGGCCUGGCUAGACGCCAUGGAAGCGGCCCAUCGGAAAGCUCUGCAGGAGCUGCAGGAGACGCACACGAGGGAGAUCGGGGAGCUGGAGGAGCGGUGGGACAGGAUGCUGCGGGAGGAGAGCCAGGCGGCCGCUAAAGCUGUGGAGGCGCUGAGGGCGGCUCACGCAGAGGAGCUGGAGAGGGAGGCUGAGCGCGCCAGGAGGCCGGCCGGAGGAGCUGCACACCCGGACGCUUCACGCGGAGGCCACAUGCCCCAGGCGGACGUCUCGCCCGGCGACCUGGAUGUGCUGUCUGAGCGCUACACCCAGAUGUGCCUGGAGCUGCACCGCGCAGAGCAGGACGGCCGGGACCGAGAGGCCGAGCUGGAGCUCAGGGAGAGCGAGCUGGAGCAGCUCAGAAGAGAGAACCAGGAGCUGAAGGCCCGACUGGCGGAAGAGAUCAGCCGCAUGCGCCAUUUCAUCACAGGGCAGCGGUUGGCCACGGCCUCUGUUGGCAGCGCGUCUGAGUUAGAGACAUUACUCCGAGCGAAAGACAACGAGGUGCAGUAUCUUAAAAAGGAAGUUGGCUGUCUGCAGAGCGAAGUGCGGUCUCUCACAAAGGAGAAAGCAGCGGCCUACGAGCGUUACAAGGAGGCGUACGUGGAGCUGAGUGAUGCCAGGGGUCGCCGCCAGCUGGAGACGGGUUCCCUCAACGAACACUUGAGACUGGCCAACGCUGCCCUGCAGGAGGGCGCGAGGCCGACAUGACCAAUGAGGAUAAACCAGAGAAAGAAAGAAAAAAACCUUUGUGGCGCAGAGCCAGCGUAAAAUUUGUUCCUAGGAUAACAACAAGAUCAUGACAUAACGACAUGUGCCGUUGUGACUAAGAAGUCAGAAAGAAGCCACUGUGCAAAGACUGUGAAGCGCAAAUAACAACAAGUGUUCAUCCACGUGUAAUCG